AUGCACCCCAUCAGCCUGCACUGCAUCACGCCCCCUCAGGGCAAAUGCACGGGGAGGCCGAGUGGAGAGGGUUGCAUGCGGGAGUUGCCUACCGGGCCAGUCACCCCAACUUCAGCUGAUGUGCGUCUUGCUGGGGUUGUGAUGUCUCCAGCCUCCGAGCUCAUUUUCACUCGGUGUUCUUUGUCCGAAGAAGCCUCAGUGAGAGAUGCCUUCUGCAUCCCUUUGAAUAGGAGUAUUUUGCUUCAGGCAUAUGAUGGGGAAUUUGAGGACUUUGUUGAUAUUGAGUUUGAAAACUUGAACAAAUCUCCUGCGAAACGACUCAAGGUCAUUGUGCGAGGAGCCACACAAGACUUUGGCAACCCUAAUUACAUCCUCCCCGAUGCCAACCAUGCCCUUCCUGACAUUCAGAGCGGGCACAAUGGACUCAUCAAUGAGCCCCUGGAUCCCAUUCCAAUAUUCCUGAAUUCACCCCAAGAACCAGAUAUCCCUCAGCAUGCAAGAGGGACCCAGGACAUCCUAUCCAAGGACUGGAAUGGGUUGCAGCUGCAAGAAAUGCAGAAUGACUGCAGCCCCCAAAUUGGAAGUCCUUCUGCUCUCAUAGAAUUCAAAAUGUCUUCCAGAGGGGUUAAGUGGCCUAGACGUUUUACUUUGGGUGACAGCUUCAAGUCUGCAGUAAAGGAAGUCAUUCCAGUCCAGGAAGAACGCUUGAGGAAGAAGCAGAAAGGCAUCAUCCUUGAUGCACUAAUGCAGAGGGUGAUGCAUUAUACUAUGACCCCUUUGCCAGAUCAGUACAAGGAUGUGAGUAAAUCUUUGGUGGAAGAGUACCCCCAAUGGAUUCCAAAAGGACUAUCCUCUAUUGAUGCUGAAUUCAGAAAUGAGGCUGAGCGCCUGUUUGGUACUGAUAUAUACAGUCUGUCUCUCAACGAGCUCCCCAACCUGCUACAGAAAGUGAAGAGAGCGGUCAAGCCCCUCAAGGACAUGAUCAAUGGUGAUGCUCCAUGCCUUGAACUGUACAAACUGCUCUGCUCUCACUUCAAAGAGCCUCCCUGUCUCGUCAGUCAUUCAAACUCAUUGCCUGAAAAUCAUGGAGGAGUUCCUGUGAUCAUGAAGUGCAAAAAUUGGAAACUGGUUGUUGGUGGGGUGGAAUUGGAUUUGCUGGAGUCUGAUGGACUAUUGUUCUAUAUUCUCAGCUCCUUCUUCAUAUUUGAUAUAGAGUUUCCUCCAUGGAAUGUAAAAACGUUGGAUACCCUCCAGAGAUGCCUUUUCAGCAUAACAGUGGCUCCAGUGUCUUUGCCAGUUAGGCGCCUUUUGGUAAAGUUGGAAUAA